AUGGCUACUGAUAAUUAUGUUUCUCUGAAUGAUACAUCAGAAGAUCAAAUAGGUAAUGCAGAAAAUGACGUUGGUCCUGACCCUAUAAUUCAUACAUCUUUGGGGAAAAGAAAAAGAGCUAUGGAUUAUGAAGAAAAAUAUCUAUCAGCAUUACCAGAAAGUAAAAAAUAUACAAAAUCAUUUAUGCAUAGGGAUAAUAUACACUCUAUUUGUGUUUCCUCUAAAUAUGACUUUAUAAUUACUACAUCAAUAGAUGGACAUCUUAAAUUUUGGAAAAAACAGAUUUUUGGAAUAGAAUUUGUAAAGCAUUAUAAAGCACAUCUUGGACCUAUCAUUUCUACCAGUAUUUCCACCGAUGGUUCUUUAUUUUCAAGUGUUAGUUCUGAUAAAUCUUUGAAAGUAUUCGAUAUUGCAAAUUUUGAUAUGAUUAAUGAAAUUACUUUAGGAUAUACUCCUUUAGCAUUGUGUUGGGUGUAUUCUAAAAAGCAUGCUAUUGCUUUUUUAGCAGUAUCAGAUGCUUCUUCUUCUUUUAUUAAUAUAUAUGAUGGGAAAGGGGAUUCUAAUUGUAUUUAUGUUAUAAAUAGCCUUCAUACUAAACCUGUCAGCAUUAUAUCUUUUAAUUCUAUAUACAAUUGUGCUAUAAGUGUUGAUGAAAGUGGAAUGAUUGAAUAUUGGGAACCAGAUAGUCAGUAUAAAAAGCCAAAAAAUAUAUUCGAAUUUAAGAGUGAUACAGAUUUAUAUGAAUUUAAAAGAUUAAAAUCAAUGCCCACUUCUAUUACUAUAUCUCCUGAUGGCCAGAAAUUUUCCACUAUUUUGUUUCCAGAUCAACAAAUAAUAAUAUUUAAUUUUAAAACUGGUAAAAUUAUAAGGAAGUAUGACGAAAGUUUGGAUAUGUUUAAUAAAUUGCAGCAGUCUGAUAAAAAUACAUAUAAAUUGGAUGAUAUAGAAUUUGGACGACGUGUUUCUAUGGAAAGAGAAUUAAUAAAUGAUAAAUUUUAUAGAUCAACUUUAAAUACUAUUUUUGAUGAAUCUAGUAAUUUUAUUAUUUAUCCUACUCUUCUGGGUAUAAAAUUUGUAAAUAUUUAUACAAAUUGCUGUGUGCGUUUAAUUGGAAAAGACGAAUCAUUAAGAUUUAUUAAUCUUUCUUUGUAUCAGGGCGCACCUAGAAAGACAAAAAGAACUACGCUUGCUAUGAUUGCAUCCGAAAAUCCAUUAGUUGCUGAAUCUAAAAAUGUAGAUCCUAUUUUGUUUUGUUCUGCUUAUAAAAAACCUCGCUUUUUUAUGUUUACAAAAUCCUAUGAAAGUGAUUUAACCUCUGAAAGAGAUGUUUUUAAUGAAAAGCCGAUUAAAGGUGAUAAUGUAAGUACAGAAAUACGUCUUUCUACUUCUACCGGAACAUCUGCUAUUAUACAUACUACUCUUGGUGAUAUAUGUAUCAGAUUAUUUCCAGAAAUAGCCCCAAAAGCUGUGGAGAAUUUCGUUACACAUUCAAAAAAUGGUUAUUAUGAUAAUACUAUAUUCCAUCGUAUAAUUAAAAAAUUUAUGAUACAGGGUGGUGAUCCUUUGGGCGAUGGAACUGGUGGUAAAAGUAUUUGGGGCGUAGAAUUUGAAGAUGAAAUAUCAUUGGAAUUAAAACAUAAUCACCCAUAUACAGUAUCUAUGGCAAAUGCUGGCCCAAAUACUAAUGGUUCUCAGUUUUUCAUUACCACUGAGUGUACUCCAUGGCUUGAUUCGAAACAUACAAUAUUUGGAAGAGCAUAUUCUGGAUUAGAUGUUAUUCAUGCUAUUGAAUCUAUUAAGGUUGAUAGACAUAAUAGGCCUACUCCUAUUGAUAUUGCGCCUAAAAUUCUUAAUAUAACUGUGCUAUAA